AGAACUGAGUACCAGUUUAUGUAUUUAUUCAUUUAUUAGAGGUUUUUCUUUUCUUGUAAGGUGAGCUCCUUGAAAGAGGGGGAGUGUAUUUUCUAUGUAUAUAUCUGUGGUGCUGUAUCUGACAUACCAUGGGUCCAAAACCAACAAAUAAGAGUAUGUUGAAUGGAUGAAUGAACUAAAACAUACCAGUUAAUAUAUAUGAAUAUAUCUAUUGUAUUCUUACUGCCCAUAUCCUUCUCCCUCAACUCCUGGCAACUACUAAUCUUUUAUCUCCUGGAUUUGCCAAUUCUAGAUAAUCCUUAUAAGAGGAUCAUACAAUAUUUGUUCUUUUGUACGUGGUACUCAUUUUAAUGUUACUUUUUUGUCCUGUUCCACAGAUAUGUUCUGGAGAAGAAUGGCCUCAGGAAAUGACUCCUUAGUGACGGAGUUUAUCCUGCUGGGUUUAACACAAGAGCCAGAGCUUCAGGUGCCUCUCUUCUUCCUUUUUUUAGGAAUCUUUGUAACCACUGUGGUGGGUAACAUUGGGUUGCUUGUUGUAAUUGGACUGAAUCCUCCCCUUCACACUCCCAUGUACUACUUUCUCUUCAACCUUUCCUUGACUGAUCUGUGCUAUGCCUCUGUUAUAAUGCCUAAAAUGUUAAUAAGCUUCAUAAAAAAGAAUAACAUCUCUUAUUCAGAGUGCAUGGCUCAGCUCUAUUUCUUUGCCUUCUUUGUUAUCAGUGAAUGUUGUGUUUUAACAUCAAUGGCCUAUGAUCGAUAUGUGGCCAUCUGCAAGCCCCUGCUUUACAAGGUCAUCAUGUCCCCUCAGGUCUGCCUCAUGCUGAUGAUGGGCACUUAUGCAAUGGGGUUUGUGGGUGCCAUGGCCCACACAGGGUGCACGCUAAGACUCACUUUUUGUAAUGGCAACAUCAUCAAUCAUUUCAUGUGUGGCAUACCUCCCCUCCUCCACCUCUCUUGCACAAGCACCUACAUCAAUGAGCUGGUAGCUUUUAUUGUAGUAGGUAUCAGUGUAAUAGUGCCCAGUCUUACUGUCUUCAUCUCUUACUCCCUCAUCCUCUCCAACAUCUUCCACAUCCGUCCUACAGAAGGUAGGUCCAAAGCCUUCAGUAUCUGCAGCUCCCACAUAAUUGCUGUUUCUAUUUUCUUUGGAUCAUCAGCAUUUAUGUAUCUCAAGCCUUUUCCAGCUAGAUCUCUCGAUCAAGAGAAAAUAUGCACAGUUUUUUAUACCAUUGUAGCACCAGUGAUGAAUCCUUUUAUCUACAGUUUGAGAAACAAAGAUGUCCAUGUUGCACUGAGUAAGACUUUGAAGAGAAAAGUGUUCUCCUAAAUAAAAGCCCUGAUAGAAAUAGGUUGCAAAUCCUAGUAAGAACACACAAGGGAUAAAUUUGUGGAGAGGAUAGUAAUAAAUUAAAAUAGAAAUUCAAAUAAAUUAAACCAUGGAGUAAAUUAAGUUUAGUAUAUAAAUCACUCCAUAAGUGAAGAUAAUAUAAGGAGAAGGUGGAUCAGUUCAUCCUUACAUACAGAGUGGGGAA